AUGCGUGGGAUCUGUGGGUGCUGGGGUUCCUGCAGCAACCCUGUACAUGGAUUUUCUUCAACGCUGCCCGUCAAGCUACUGGACCGGAUCGAUCAGGUAGAUCUUCCCCGUGAUGGAGCUUCUUAUGACAGAAAUGAUGCGACAGACGUGACUAUCUUCAUUCUUGAUACUGGAGUCCUGUUUACUCACGAUGAGUUUACCAACGGCCGCGUCAGCUUUUAUAACGAUACCGUUACACCAAACUCGCCCAUUAUGGUGGACGUCAAUGGACAUGGGACCCGCUGUGCGAGCGUAGCCGCCGGAGCCAACAUAGGAGUCGCUCAGGGCGCGACCGUAGAGAGCAUUCGGGUAGCUGGAUCCGAUGGCUUAGCCGCCGCUGAUGACGUCCUCGCAGGGCUUGACGACGUUCAACGUUGGUGGAACAACAACCCGGGCUCUAAGUGUGUCGUCUCCUACUCACUGAUUUCCACGUCCUUUAGUACGACACUCAACUAUGCUUUCGGGAACCUCAGCGCGAACACCGAUUGCGUGAUCGUCGUGGCAGCUGGAAACCAAGGUGCGGACAUCAGCAUGGCUAAUGCCUGUAACUACUCUCCGUCUGGAUCACCCGAUGUAAAUAUUAGGGACUUUUAG